AUGUAGGCCUCUAAAAACUUACAAAAAGAUGAAGGUAUUUAAGAAACUUUGGUGGUCUGAGGUGAAGAUUAGAAGGUGUGAUCACCCAGCCUGGGAGCAGUUUUCAUUUGUCUUUGUGGAAUUAGAGCACCGAGUACUUACUGCUACUCUUCUGUAGCUUAAGAGAGAAAAAGUGAAAGGUACGUAGAAAGUUUGUAUAGAUGAUACUUAAAGUGAGGCCAAUGGACAUUGUCUAGGUAAUUUUUUUGUUAAAAAGCUUUAGGAUACUUGUGUUCAUUCCCAUUUUCAAGUAGUACAUGAAAAUACUGACACAAUGAGGAGAAAAAAACCCCAUCAACCCAAUAUUUGUUCUGUAUAAUAUGCAACAUUAAGGGCCCCAGAAAAUUAGGAACAAGCAGAACAUUGCCAAAAUCAUCACUGCUUUAUACUGACCUACAGACUUGCCCUAAUCCUAGUUUAAAGUUAUCCUUGAUGAGUUAAUAAAUCUGCAUUUAAAAGUUCUUUGCCAUUCUCAGGAUGUUCCUGUCAUUCAGCACUCUUUGGAAUAUCAUCUUGAGGUUGAAGAAGUUAAGUUCUCCCAACAGCAUCUUCUAUCUAGUCUUACAUUUAUUUUUAGGAUGUGUUUAACCUGAUCUGGGUGUUAUUUUCAGGUGGAAGACUUAAGUUUGAAUGUCUAAGCAAAAUACCACGAUUUUGUAUUCUGUUAUUAAUCUGUUGAAGAGAUGAAUUGAUUUUUUUUCCAGAGGCAAAUAUUAAAAGCUUCCAUUAGGGAACAUAUGUUUCCAGCCCACAGUAUUAAAGUACAGUUUUGGAAAUUCAGCCUAAUAUGCAUGGUGCUGCUUUAGUUUAGUUCCUGCAGCAUUUGUUGUUGCUCUCAAGGUAAUUAAAAGUUUCUUUGAGCUCCAUGUUGUGAUUUUAAUGUGGGCAAGCAUUAAAGACCAAGUGUUACUGUCCACUCUGGAAAUAAAUUUGCAACAGAUAUCGAAGAAACUAAAGAAACAUUCUUCUAUCAAACAUAAAAGUCCAUAGAGUAACAUGAAGCUGGAGGUAGAAAGGCUGUGUCUUUUGUUAAGAGCUCUGGAUGUUAACUGCCAAGAAUUCUUCAAGUUCUGUUAACUUCUUUGUAAUGUUUGGUUUAAUGAAGGCCAGUUUCAGCAAAAGCCUAGCCCAGACCUCUGAUGUUGUGCGUUUCUUCUUGCUUGACAUUCACAUUUAGUGAAUGAACCUUUUGCUCAUCCUGCACAUAUUGUGCUGUGGAAGUGCCAUUACAAGAGACAGGUGGAGUAUUGCUCCUUAAAAAGAACUUAAAGGUACUUAAAAAUGGAUAAUAGAAUUGAGAGGAGACACCUCCUCAGGGAGACCUGCUCAAUAUGCUUUUUCUUCAGCAUGGUACCUGGGGUGGUGGGGUGGGGUGUGUGCAGUGUGCAGGCAUGUUAGGAUUGCCUCAUUCAAGAGUGACUUCUGGUGGUCACUUUGCAACUCAUGGGUCUGGUUCUAGUCCUAUGCUGUGAACAUGUUAGUGUUUUUCCCUAUUCCAAACCAGAAGUGAUGGUAAAAGUAAGUGUAGGUCGUUCUUUACAGAGGAGGUUUCUGUUAAUUAUUUUGAGAUCCUUAGAAUGUAAAUGAUCUGUAAGUAAUACAGUAAAUCUUCACUGAAUAUGUUAUAAACCAACCAUUGACAACAGUAACGAAAGAUACCGUUCAGGUAACAUUGCCACUUUUAAUGCUAUAGGGGGGAAAAACCCACAUUCAGCUAACCUGGAUUAAAUACUGCAGUCAGAGUGCAAUGAAUAUAAAAAGAAAUUAGCAAACUUGACUUACUCAAAAUAAGAAGGAAAAACAUGCACAUUUUUUUAUUUGGUUUUAAAUUACAUAUAUGUUAUUUUGUUUAAAAAUAAAGUUUAAAAAAUAUUAAUUGUUCCAGACCUUUACAAAGGGAAAGAAAUUACUGAUUGCGAUAUGUAGAGCUCAGUCAGGAUCCCCCUCGUGUUUUGUAAUAAGAAAGCCAAAUUGCCUCAGCAGUGCACACUUCAUUUAGCUUUUCUGCAAUUAAAAAAUAAUUGAAAAGCUUUUUUAUUGUAGCAAGGCAGAGAGACUGUAAAUGCUUUGAAUACAAAGCAUUUAUGCGGUAAGGUAAAGAAUCAAUCGAGAGUACAAAGAUCAUCCUAGAAAAUAAAGACUGUUAUUUUUCUUGUUUACGUAACUCAGCCUACAGACAACUCACUACUGAAAAAUGUAUCAUAUAGGAAAAAUUAUAAAACAGUAUUUUAAAUUUUGGUUUUCUGAAAUGAAAUGCAUCUGAGACUUCACUGCUUUGUUUUUCAGCUUAUUAUGACACUUAGCUGCAUCCCUAAUUAAAAACCCAUUCCUGAAAGCAGCACAGCUAAUUACAUUUUAUUGUUUAAGGGUGCGACUGGGAUUAAGGGCACUGUUGCAAAAUGAUGGGUCUGUGUGUUAGUUUGCUUUAUGAUCCUACGUAAAUGGACCUAUGUUCAUGUUGAAGCUAUGUAAAUGCUGUUAGAAUUUGCUGUAUUUGUAGUCCAGCAAGAAAUUAUAGCUUAAUUUUGCCAAACUUCAAAUCCUGGAGAAAGGAAUACUAAAAUGAGGCUAUUUUACUGGUGUGCAAACAUACGCCUGGUGUGGCUUUCAUGGUAUUUUUAGUUCAGGAUGAAGCUUGGUUAUUUAACAUAUAUUUUUAUUUUCUGUCACGUCCUAUGACUUCCUCUUCAAAACAUUUUUACCUUCCACCACCCCCAUCACAAAAUACUGUUACUUAAAAAUUCAGUUACAUUUUAAUGUUAGAGAGAAGACCCUCAAAAAGUAUUGUUCAUUUACUUUAGGAACUUUGCCCUUCAGUGACAGUAGGUAUUUCCUCAAAUAUUUGUACACUUUAUUGUAUUUGGCAUAAGUUUGUGUGCUGUGUUCGCAGCUGAGUAUCUUUGAUGAACAAAGAAGAGAAAUCCUGCCAGAAACCUGUGGACAAAUACAUUGAGUAUGAUGCUGUUAUCGUCCUGAUUAAUGCUAUUUUAUGUAAAGCACAAGCAUACAGGCACAUUCUUUUCAAUACGAAGAUAAAUAUUCAUGGGAAGCUCUGUGUAUUCUGUUUGCUCUGUGAAGCUUAUCUCAGGUGGUUGCAGCUACAGGAUUCAAGCCAAAGUACAGAUCCAGAUGACUUAAUCAGAUAUGCCAAAGAAUGGGAUUUUUAUAGAAUGUUUGGUAUAGCUUCUUUAGAACAAACUUCAUUUUUGGUUGGCAUUUUUAUUACCUUAUGGUGGAUGAGACCUGAGAUGCUGAAAACAAAGUCUGACUUCAUUUUACUUCUCAAAGCACUGCUGUUGUCCAGCUAUGGAAAGCUUUUGCUAAUUCCAGCUGUUAUUUGGGAACAUGACUACACUCCUUUGUGCCUUGCGUUUAUAAAAGUAUUUGUCUUGAUAUCAAAUUCUCAGGCAAUUAGAGUUACAUUGAACUUGAAUCGAAUGCUCCCUUGGUUGGCCAUCUUCUUUGGAUUAAUUUUCGAAAAUGGUGUGGUCUACUUGUUCCAGAAAACGGGAUGGGAUGUUUGAAACAUCAGCCUGGAUCUAAAGAAAAACCAACAACGUGAUCAUUGUUUUUUGAAGAAUGAUCUGUACCAGCAGGCUCCAAAGACACUAUUUUCAUAGUGAUAAAGAAGGUGAUAGAUAACAAAAUCUUGCAUUAGUAGUGAGUGUAGACAGUUUUAGGAUAAGUUAAAAUGAGAACCUUUGGAAGUUUGGCUCUUCAUGUGGUGAGCCAUAGAACUUCAGCCUUAGCUUAUUUUUCCAUUAAAAAAUCUGAAUGUGCCACUAUGCUAAUAGCUUUAUAAAUCUGGCUGCAUAGCUAUGGCUGUAACAAAAAAGAUAUACUUAAAAAAAUUCAGCACUGCUACCAGUCACUGAAUUUUGGCAGAAAGAGGAGGAUGAAUUGUUCCCUUAAGCAGAAGGAAGGGAGUUAGUGGAAAAAUGUAAAAGCUAAAAUUUAUAUUUCCACAAAAACAGAUUUUCAAAGAUAGAAGUGAACAUGUGCAAACAGUUUAUUAGAGAAAAGGCAAGUAUUUCAGAGUAAAACUACAGUGGGAAAACUAGGUUGCAUUCUCUGGAAUGUCUAUGUAAACAAUCCAAAAUAAUAAAGUAUCUAGUUCUAGAGUAAUCUCUAGGAACUAUA